AUGCAUCCUCUUAGUCAAUUUAAAUUGAAAGAAGCUGCUGAAAAGGUAGCAACCUUGUUGGCAUUAACUACAGCUCAAAGACUUCAAACUCUAGCAUUGGUGAGAAUAGAGAAUAUAGAAAGAACAAAAACUGAGAUAAAAAUAAAAAUUACGGAGCUAACAAAAACGACAAAACCUGGAUCUGAAUAUCGGGAACUUGUAUUGCCAUUCUACAGAGAUAGACCAGGGCUUUAUGUGGCAUCAGCAGUUUUAGAUUAUAUUGAUAUUACUAAAGAAUUAAGAAGUAGUGAGACGAAGACUUUAUUUAUUGGAUCUACAAAACCAUACGGACCAGCCUCAUCGCAAACCAUCGGCCACUGGAUAAAGUCACUCCUGCGAAAGGCAGGAGUAGAUACAAAUCAAUUUAGUGCAUAUAGCACACGGCAUGCAGCGGUCUCAACUGCCCACAAACGGGGUGUGGAUAUUUCGACAAUACGACGAUGCGCGGGUUGGACACCAAAUUCUCAGACCUUUUUUAAAUUUUAUAAUAAGCCCAUUCAGGCUCCUAAUAGUCAAUUUGCACGGGCAAUUUUGGAAAAAAUCUAA